CUGAGCGCGCAGUAACCAGUAGGCGGCGUGCAAAACGGUCACUUUCUCCCGUCCUCUCCUCCUCCUCCUCCCGUCGUGUCGUGCUUUUACUCCCUCCCUUUCCUCCAAACACACACGAACGCGAGUAACACCGGCAGCUUUAACUAUUAUCACACUGUCACCGGAGGAGGAACAUCACAUGAAGCCAUAAUAAUCCGGAAUAACGGGACAAAACAGCAGGAUCCGUCUUGUCUCAGGCGACCUUUAGUUAAACGACGGCUCACAGGGCGAAGGUGAAAGAUAACUAAGACAACAAGAACACCUUGCAGAUUACAGAUUUCUUUCUUUCAGAUAUCUGGCACAAGAAGGCGAAUGGACUGAGAUCCCAAAUCACAAAACCAAAAAGUCUCUGAGAAAUCUGCGCACACUGACGCCUUAAACACACACACACACGCUGAAGAAGUACAGGGACCCAGAUAAAUGGCUGACAAACAGAUCAGUUUGCCUGCCAAGCUAAUAAACGGUGGUGUGGCCGGACUGAUCGGCGUUACCUGCGUGUUUCCCAUCGAUCUGGCCAAGACUCGCCUUCAGAACCAGCAGAAUGGAUCCCGUCUCUAUACCAGCAUGUCAGACUGCCUUAUUAAGACCAUCCGGUCGGAGGGAUACUUCGGCAUGUACAGAGGUGCUGCGGUGAACUUAACUCUUGUCACUCCAGAAAAAGCCAUCAAGCUGGCAGCAAACGAUUUCUUCAGAUUUCACCUCUCUAAGGAUGGGCAGAAGCUCACUCUGCUGCGAGAGAUGCUGGCCGGCUGCGGGGCGGGAACAUGUCAGGUCAUCGUUACAACACCGAUGGAGAUGCUGAAGAUUCAGCUGCAAGAUGCCGGAAGAAUCGCGGCUCAGAGGAAGCUCAUGCCUCAGGCUGUGACCCCGGGGGGUCCCGUGGAGAUGAAGUCCCCCACAGCUAUGCAACUCACCAGAGAACUACUGAAGGAAAAGGGCAUCGCGGGUCUUUACAAGGGCCUGGGAGCCACGCUGCUCAGGGAUGUCCCGUUUUCUAUCAUUUAUUUCCCUCUGUUUGCUAAUCUGAAUAAUCUGGGGAAGAAAGACGCCGCCGGUCCCGCUCCCUUCUACGUCUCUUUCGUAUCCGGCUGCGCCGCGGGCAGCACGGCCGCGGUCGCCGUCAACCCUGUAGAUGUGAUAAAGACGCGGCUGCAGUCGCUCACACGAGGAAGUCAAGAGGACACUUACAGCGGGGUGAUGGACUGCAUCAGGAAGAUAUUACGCAACGAAGGUCCCACUGCUUUCCUGAAGGGGGCGUACUGCCGCGCUCUCGUCAUCGCGCCGCUCUUCGGCAUCGCUCAGGUGGUCUACUUCCUCGGCGUAGGCGAAUACAUCUUGAGCCAUCUUCCCAAACGGAACAACUAACCAAUCAUCCCGCUGCCUUUUCCCGGUCCAUUAUGCACCGCUCCAGUCUGUUUCCCGCCCUUUCUCACAAGCCGUUAUUAUCCAAGGAUCAAAGCGUAACGCAAAGCAGUCUGACUGGUUUUAAUCGUUUGUUGUCGUGCCGUUUGUGUAUUUUUAUCUGAAUGUGGUGGUUUUAAUACUGAGCAUAAAGUGAGGUUGUGUUUGCCAAGCUGCCUGUUUUUGUCUCGUCCGGUCUCACGCUGAGACGAAACCAUAUCUUUUUAUCCUUACGUCGUUUAUCUCGAGACAUUUAAAGCGUAAAAUCAACGAUCAAUCGUGACACUUUGAAUCGUGGAGCUCUUUUAAUUAUGUAGUAAAAUAUCAAGCUCUUUUUAAUUGUUAAUUUCCUGGAACAAGAGGGCGUGUAAUGUUAAUUCGUUUGCCGUCUUUCUUACGACCAACUCCGAAUGCCUUUCCUCCGGGCUCAGGAUGACCUUGAGGAAAAGUGUGGAAGUGCUUGUGUGCGUCACAUAUCCCUGGCUUACUGUGAGCGUAUCUUUGUGCCCUAUCAAGACUUUAUUCAGCGUAUGUUUCCAAAUUACAUGUCAGCUCCGGAGGUUAAUUUGAUUAAUUUUUCUCUGAAAAGAUGUGAGAGAUGUUUCAGUGAAUGGAAAAUGUGAAUUAGGCUUGAAAGCAUCUCUCAAAUUGGCCGAAUCAAAAUGGAAAUGCCUCCAAACCAGAGGAGGAGCGACCAUUAAGACUUCUGGAAGGUUCCCACACUUUGGGAGAUGAUCAUUAUAGAUUAAGAGAUUGGUUUUGCAUGGCCACAGCACAAGAGAAAUUUAUGUAAAUGAUUUUUUGGCGUAUCCUACGCAAAUCUGUUUCAUUAUUUGUAGUCAGAACAGCAUUAAAUACCAUCUAAAAACUCAUUUAAACCACCUUUGUAGGUAGUUUGAAGGUUAAUUCAAACAUUUUGCAUAUGCAAAGCAGUUUUUUUUUUUUUUAGGAUGGGACACAUAUAUAACAUCAUACAAACAUUGACUGUGCAAGCAGUUCUUUCCAGUGUGGUUAUUUUUAACUAAAACCAGUGUUAUUUCAGUAUCAUUGAGAUACUAUUAUAGUUUUAAUUAAUAUUUUGAAUUAGCUAGUUGCUGAAAUAAAAUACAUAUAUUUUAUUUUAUUUCAGUUUAAUGUUUAUGUUAUUUCAAGUAACGAAAAUGUCACCGGUGAGCCGCUUGGCGUGCUUUUAAUUUAUUGACUUUUUUUGCAUCACAUAUUUUAGUAAUUAUCAUAAAUUAGGAGUCAUUCGAAAGCUUACAAACUCAAGAUUAAGCCUGUGAAAAUCGGAUGUUGCUUUACCAUGGAAACUGUACUUUAAUUUCUUUUAGCGAGCUCCUCCCCCUAGUGGGCGGUGUCAGGUUUCAUAUUACAAUAUUUAUUUUAGCUAUAGUCAAAACCUUUUCUAAACUUGACAAAACACAUAUCGUCUGAAAGGUCCGAGUCUCACAGUUCCAUAUUUGCCGACUGUUUUGUGAUAGAAGUGAUAUUUGGACAGAAAUUUAUCAAUUUGUAACAAGAGAAUGCGUAAAAAAUUUCAAUAGAAUGUCGGUGACACCUGGUGGCUAUUUUUGGUACAGCGCCUAAACAAAAUCUCAUGGGAACUUUAAUUUUUGUGAUAUCAACUUCAAAUUUGGAACACAACAUGAUUAUGGCUUCCAUUUGAUAGCAAUUUUAGAGUCAGAUAUAUUUGAUAAAAUAUACAUUUUAUAUAAAUUAAAAAAUGUUUAGUACAGUACAUUUGAUUUACAAUAAAUUUAAACUUCCAUAUUUUUUUCAUACUUUAACUUUUUCACUUCAGCAAUAAUAGUGGAUAGUGAAUGUUCAUGUCUAUUCUCAAAAAUGACACUUAAGGGGUUAAUUGUUAUUUUAAUUACAAUAAUUAUUUUAUAAUAAUAGCCCUGACUAAAACUAAAACUAUUAAAAACAUUUUUGUUCAUUGGAAUUAAGCUGAAAUAAAAUAUAAAUAUUAGAUGAAGAACUUAAACAAAAUGAAAAUUAGAAAUAUUGUCUAAAAUUACUAACUGAAAUACAACUUAAACCAAAAUAAAAUAAAAAAUAAAAUAAAACUGUAAAAUAAUAAAAAUGACAAAAACACAUAACAAAAUGACUAAAAAUUAAAAUGAAAACUAAAUUUAAUUCAAAGUAUUAAUAAAAGUUGUAAUAGUAUAUAAAUAGUACUUACACUGGUUCUUACAUGCUUACGUACUAAAUGAAACGUCAUAUCACUUAAUUAAUAUUCAUGAGCGUUUCAUAUUGUGUCCCACCCACAGCAAACCAACUUCAGCUAGUUAUAGAUAUUCCACUACAAAAAGUUCAAUAUUAUACUAUCAGAUCAGAUUUGAGAAAGAAUAGUAACAUGCCAGGUUAAAAUUCCCAAAACACCAAAGUAACAUGCAUAUUGAUUGUAAGCCCUGCCCGGCGAAUCGAUGAUGGGCGGGGCUAAUAAUUAUGAAUAUUAACGCAUCUGGCUGUUCUGCCUGGAUCUGCAAGUGUAAUUUUAAUAGUCAUUCCAGUUUUGUCGAGAAGCCGAAAAGCACACAUGUUCCAAACCGGAUCGAAGUCAUAUUUAUUGAUAAUCCUGAUUAUCUAGAUGUAAACACACUUAUAGUAUAUCUCACUAUAUAUUUGUAUGGAUAGUUUUAUCAGUGUCUGAUUGUUUGUGUGAUCAUUGUUGAUUACUGUGUACUGUACUUAUGCAGAUGAUAUUAUGAUUUUUGUUUUGUAUACGAUGGCUUAUUUGCACACCUCCCCGAUCCUUCUGUUUAUGUUUUUGGCAUCUGGAAGAGUUAAUAUGCCAGUUUACACCGUUUGAGCCGGACCUGCAAUGUAUCAGUGUUGGAAUCGUGAGCUUUAAGUUCAUGUGUGCACUACCAAAUCAACCAAACAAAAACCCAGGUUGUAGUUCUCGUUUACUUGACGCUGUUUGCUUUUAUUACGAUUUGCAGCCCAUUGUGGGAGUCGAAAACAUGAUGUUCUCGCUCACAAUACGUGCUGUCACGACGUCGGCUAGAGCGAGAUAAGCUUGCCUAUGUGUGGAGUGAAGAGCGGUUUUUGGCUCAGGCUGACAAACAAUCGAGUCUGUUUCAUACUGCCAAAUGAUUCCUGAACAAACCCCUGCCUAUAUACCUCUGUCUCCUUUCCCAGUUUUAGCAUUAGUUCACUGAUUUCCUAAACUCGUUUGGUUAAUAUCGUCCUGCAACUGAAUGCGUUCAAAAGUUUGGGGUCAGUAAGAUUUUUUUAUUUUGUAAGAAAUCAAUACUUUUAUUCAGUGAAGGAUGCAUUAAAUGGAUCAAAAGUGACACUAAAUACACUUACAAUGUUGCAAAAGAUUUCUAUUUUUAAUUGAAUGCUGUUCUUUUGAACUUUCUAUUUAUCAAAUCAACACUAGCUACGUUAACAUGGACACUGUGAAUCCGAAAACUGGGCCCUAUUUUAACGAUCUUAGCGCAUGGUCUAAAGCGCAUGGCGCAAGUGCACUUAGGGCGUAUCUGAAUCCACUUUUGUUAGUUUAACGAUGGGAAAAAUGGUCGGUGCACCUGGCGCAUGGUCUAAAAGGGUUGUCCCUAGUCUCUUAAUGAGUAAUGGGUGUGUUUUGGGCGUAACGCUGAGAUGAGAGUCUCAUCUCUCAUUCCCUUUAAAAGCCAGUUGCACUCGCGUCAUGGUGGAUUCGCUAUUUACAUGGUGGAAUUUGCAAGCGGAAAAACUGAACGCUUCUCUAGCGAGGAAACGGAUCUGUUCGCGUGCGAGGUUAAAGCGCGUGAGCAGACUAUCUACAGGAAAAGCCGGAUUCCACCAAAGCAUUUUAUCUUUAUGCACACAAUAAUUAUCUUUUACAUUGUAAUCCUUUGAUUUUUAAUAUUUGUGUGCUGCUGUGCGUCCCUGUGUGCGUAAUAAGCAGAGUGUAUGCGCGUUGUGCACCCGCAUAUAGGCGCACGUUACUAACGCGCCCUUUAAAUAACAAAACAAAUACUAUGCCAUUGACUUUAGACCAGGUUUCAGUUGGUCAAUGGCGCAGUCUAUUUCAGUUCCCUCAAAAUAGCAACACGCCAACAAUGCACCCGAACACAGCUCUUUUUCAGACCAGCACGCCCAUGGGCACACAAAUGGGCGCAAAUGCAUUUGCUAUUUAAACAACGCAGUGCAGGACGUGAAAAUGAUAACUGCGUUGGGCUGAAACUAGCUUGCAUCGUGCCUGACACCACAUUGCAGCGGGUGUAUUUGAAUGUAAAAUAUAGUGAUUGGGUUGAUGUGCGUGUUUAUAUGUCACAAGCUUCUAUUGAAUGUUUUAGAAAAGGAUUAAACCACCCCUUAUAAUCAUGGUCAAUGUGAAUUGACAUGGUUAGAGCUUGACAUUAACAACGACAACAAAACAACAAAAAUAUUAAUUUUAUAUAUAAUAUGUACAUUGUUGUCUUUUAAAAAGGCAUCUGAAAUAAUAAACUAAGUGCAAUGUAGUGUUGUCAAAAAUAUAAAUUUUUCAAUAUAUAUCGACACUGAAGUAUCUGAUGCUUCUGCAGAAUAGAUACACAAUAUCAGCUGUCGCUCUCUCAUCUCUCCGACAGCGAGUCGACACACAAACCCGCCUCCCGUCACUCACUUGUUUCAUUUGCUCCGGAUGAAUAUUGCUGGUGUUACAGAGCUUGAAUUUCAACAUGGGAUUGCGUAUAUUGCGCAUAAUUUUACUCAUUCCCACAGAUUUUAUCAUCACACCCAAAGUGCGGCACACAUAAAGCUGCCUCUCAGUACUAAACUGAGUUCUUUUUCACUGCUUAUUGCGCUUAAACAGUCAAAUACACACAAAAUAAUGUCAAAAUGCCGGUCUUGGCAAGUAUUCAUGUAAACACAGUCAGUUAUGUUUUAAGUGAACGUAAACAGUUGAGAAAGAAAACGCUUGUGUAACAGUAUAAUGGAUCCGUGCAUCAGGUCUUAAAGUGACAGCAGCCUAAUAAACCUGCUGCCAAAUUAUGAGGUAAUAUUAAAAAUAUCUAUAAGGCAGUUUUUUCCCAUGGUAUCGAUGUCAAAACUGUGUCCAGUGAAAAUACUGAGUGGUUGGAAAACCACUAGCCUCAGUUCAUGUCAAGCCCUGGAUACAUAGGCGUAAUUUGCGGGUGGGACGGGUGGGAAAUGUCCCCACCACUUUUUGCCAGGGUCAAUAUUGUCCCCACCACUUUCUGAAACAUCUCGCAUACGCAUCAGGUCAUUCGGUACAACCUCUAUAAAACUAUUUAAAAUGUUGUAAUAUUUUAAAAACUUGCACUAAAUAUAAAAUGUUGAAUGAUGCUGAAAAUUCAGCUUUGCAGCACAGGAAUAAAUUACAUUUUACAAUAUAUUCAAACAGAAAACAAUUAUUUUAAAUUAUAAUAAUAUAUCACUGUUUUACAGUAUUUUUGAUCAAAUAAAUGCUUCUUUUAAAAAAUCUUACCGACCCCAAACUCUCAAACACUCAGUGUACUCUAGAAUAUCACUAAUUAAUAAGAAAAUGAUGCUAAGUAUUCAUUAGCUUGAGGUCAAGAGGGUUUUAUGGUGCUGUCUAACAAGUAAACAUCUCUAGUCUCUGUGACAAUGAGCUUUAUGCCAUUUAAAACUGUUCAGAUGCUCUUAUUUAUUGUUUAAAGGUCAUAGGUCGGACUUUACAAGGUCAACACAUGCAUAACCCUUCUGACCGGUUACCUCACAUAUCGUUAAUUGUUGCAAAUGGUAUUAAAAUGGAAGUAAGUUUUAUGCCUAAUUUGAAUCUGACCUUGUUUUGCCUUGUAUUGGUUUUUUCCUAAACAUUCCAAAAGCUAUCUUACGAUCUGUGAUUAUUUUUAGUAUUGUGAUGAUUGUUUUCUAUUGUUUUGCUUUGAUUAUGAUGAUUUAGUCUUGUUUAGACUGUUUUUGUUUUCUAAAUUGUAUUUUUUUUAAUCGUACCUCUGAUUUCCGUCAUGUUUUAUGAGCUGUGAGCUUGUUGUGUUUGUGAACGGUCGUGUGUUGUGUGAGGGGUCAAUGGUGCGCACUGGUGUAAUUGAGCGUGUCGUGCGUUUCUUCUUCCUCAUUUAUGUAACACUAAAGUGUGUUAUUCACUCUCUCCCUCGUUUUCACCAUCUGUCCUUCUUCCUUUCCUUGUACUUGAAGGAAUUAGACAGCAGGUGGCAAAAAACACCAAAAAUAGCACUGAUGAUUUUACAAUCCAAGCACAAAAACAGAUCUGGCACAAGCGCAAUACUCACACGCCCCUUUGAUAUCGUACAAUAUUCAAUAUACUAGACGACACAUAUUAUAAGCAACGUAUCGCCUGUUUGUUUCGACAAACCAGAGAAUGUAUCUUUGAAUCAUAUAAUCGAUGUAAAUUGAUAGUAUUCGAUCUUAUUUAGUAGUAAAUUAGAUGUUAGAUAUUUGUGAUUUCACUCUUCAUGUAAUGAAGAGUAUAUAUAGAAGGACCAGCACAUAUUUAUGCAAUAAUUAAGAAAUUAUCAAAAUACAUAAACACGGCUGAGUCUCACGAAAACAUGUCCUGGUCAUAUUUUACCUCUUAAAAAAAUAAAAAAUGAGAAUAUAUGUUAUAUUAAGAAAAUUAAGGAACCUUUAAUUUUUCUUUAUGUAAAAAAAAAAAAAUCUAAUAAUAAUAAUAAGUAAACAUAUUUUAGGUAUUUUUACAUUAUUUUCAUGACAAUAAAGCAAAAAAAAAGAGCUGUAUUAAAGAAAUUUCAUUAAAAUCUUUAUGCAAAUAUGCAUAAUAAUAAUAAUAAUCAAUAAACCUAUUUUAGGUAAUAUUUUUACAAUAUUUUCAUGAGAAUAAAGCAACAAAAUACCUUCAUGAAAAUAAUGUCACAAUGCAAAAAAUGUUGAAGGUUCCUAAAAAAAGUCUUAAUUUUCUUUAUGUAAAAAAUAAUUACAAUUUUAAUAAAAAAUAAACAUAUUUGUAGGUUACUUUUAACAUGUUUUUACAUUAUUUUAAUGACAAUAAAGCAAAUAAAAAGAAAGAAAAUACUGUAUUACAGUCACUUUCAUGAUAAUAAUGCAAAAAAAAUCCUUUUUGUAGGAUCCUUUAAUCUUUCUUGCACUGUGACAUUCAUGACAGUUACUGUAAUACAGUACAGUUUAAUGAAAAUAAUGUACAAAAAUGUUUUAAAAAUAGCCUAAAAAUAGGUUUAUUUAUUAUUAUACUUUUUAAUUGUAUUUAUUUAUUAUUUGAGAUGAAAUACGACCCAAACACGUUCUUUCUUGACAAGUUUUCAUGAGUUUCACCUGUAUUCUCCAUGUGGUUCAAUCAUGCUGCUGUUGACCUGUAGAGUUAUAGAUAGAUCCUCCUUCCUCCACAACGCCUUUGCUUUCCUCCGCUGCGAGGAAAAGUGCAAUAACGCACUUUAAAUACAUACACACAAACUGCACAAUGUGGCCCUUCUGGAAGAAGUGUAUGUCGAGGCUGAGUGAGUGUCGUGAGUCACAUGUGUGAGACUGAAAUAUGCCAGAUGUUUUAGUCGUUGUUGCAGAAACCGAAGACACGCUGAUCAUGUUGAAUUCCUUGUCACAGAUUGUUGUUCAAUAAAAUGAAUUUGUUCAUAACAGUA